AGACUACAUAAAUAUUAAAUUAAUAUUCAACCCAAAAAAAUAAAUAAAUUAAUAUACCACAAAGUCACAUUCAUAUGUUAAAUUUAAACACAACUCAACAAUUUAUAGAAACUAAUUUAAGCAUAACGAACAGUACAUAUUCACGCUUUCUAAUCAGUAUUCCAUCCAAAAAAAAAUUUGCAAAACAGAAUAUUUGGAUGGCAAAUGCAUAAUACAUAUUCAAGACAUAAGUGUGUGAAUAAUAAUUGUUUUCACAUUAUGUUCUUUCAAGACAUUUGUGUAUCCAUCACAUUAUAGAGAUUUUGACUCUUAAUUGUUGGAAUAAAAUAAAAGAAAUUAAUUAAUUUUAUUUUAAUUUAUUAAGUAAUCAAUUAAUAUAAAAUAUUUAAUUUUAAUAAAAUGACCAAUUAAAAUGAAACUUGGAAAGGGUUUAUUCAACACCUAAACCCCAUUUCUCUUGUAGCAAAUCUCAACCUAUCUAAAACGCCGCCGUUAAUGGCAACCGGAACUAGCCACCUCCUCCGCCUCCUCCUCUCCUGCCGGAAAAUCACUGCACAAGUAACAACUUCCACCACCAACACCAUUAUAGCUAUGGCUUCAUCCUCCGAACAAGAGUUCGCAAAACUAUGCAAAGCCAAACUGAACAGAGUACCUCGACGCCGCAAUCUCUGGGACUCCAAAAUAGCUUAUAGAGUCGGCGAGAAGCUUGGAGAUCGAUUGAAUGAAGUAGGAGUAUGUAAAGUUGAGAUUGAUGUUGAAGAAGAGGUGAAUAGACCCGUUCACUAUCGGAAAAUGGUGAAGCCGCUCUUUGAGUCCGUCGAAUUCAAGGGAAUUACAGUUAUCGGAGCUGAAAAAUUAGAUUUCUAGCGUCCUUACAUUGAAAAAUAUGAUAUUAACAAGGCUUCGCAGCACUUUGCAAAGCCAAACUGAAGAGAGUACCUCGAUGCCGCAAUCUCUGGGACUCCAAAAUCGCUUCUAGAGUCGGAGAGAAGCUCGGAGAUCGGUUGGAUGAAAUCCGAAUAUUUUAAGUUGAAAUCGACAUUGAAGAAGAGAUGAAUAGACCGGUUCACUAUCGGAAAAUGGUGAAGCCGCUCUUUGAUUCCGUCAAAUUCAAGGGACUUACAGUUAUCGGAGCUGAAAAACUGGAUUUAUAGUAGCCUUACAUUGAAAAAUAUGAUAUUGCAAGAGUAUAUAUGUACAUGUGACAGCUUCCGGU